AUGGCGGUAUCGAUACCCUUUGGCGUUGAAUGUAAGUCCAGAACGAAAUCGGUCGAUGGAGAAUUGAAGAACUCGCAUAGAUUUUCCGCCUCCUCUCAACCUCCUCUCAUACAGCUUUUAUCAAGGAGACGUAGAAUUCGGGACGUCUGGGCCUUGAGUUUAUUUCAGCCUCUUGACGGUCAUAUACUUUUCACGGUGGGCAUGGGACAAAGAAAGCUCACGGUGUUGGUGUCUCACUCAGUCCCCUCUAUGGAGAAGAAUCUCGACAGCCCGAUGAUGCGACCUCAAUGUGAAGCAGAACUCAUAGAGGGACUUACAAGUCCAUCCUCUCAAACCCAGAAACCGCCCAACGACGCCCUUGCGAGUUCCUUCGACGGAAACAAACCUGUUAAAGCCAUGGCCCUACUCAAAGUAGGCAAAUUUCUUGGAUCCGGCGCAUUUGGGCGGGUUUAUCAUGCAAUUCGCACAGAUGAAAGCACUCAGCCCGCACUUGCUUUAAAGAAGUCACGAACGUCCAUGAGGGUCAAGCGGCCACCUCUGAAACAUGAAGCACGGGUCCUGCAGCUCCUCGGAGGCCAUCCUGCGAUCCCAAGCGUCUAUGGCUAUGGCCGAUUCCGACAUUUUGAGUAUCUUGCCAUGGAACUUCUUGCAUCGAGCCUGGAAGACCUUCACAAGGACCAUGCCCUUCCUCUCAAGGCUGUAUUUUUCAUCGCUAAUCAGAUGCUGUCCGCCCUAGGCCACAUCCACGCACAUGGAAUAAUUCACCGAGACAUCAAGCCAGGUAACAUCCUCAUCGAUUUCAACAAUCAACUUCGUCUCAUCGAUUUCGGGAUUGCGCAACGAUUUAAGCCUGGCGAUUCCAUCCGGCACAACCCCCCCAUUGAAGCCCACUGGGUUGUGGGAACUCUGGAUUGGGCCAGUUUGCUUGCUCACCACGGCUACGGUUUCAGUCCUCUUGACGACUUGGAAUCUUUGGCAUAUGUCCUGCUAUUUUUUUUGCGAGGCGACCUUCCUUGGGGACGUCAUUCACAUAGUCGUCACGGAACUCUCGCUGGAAGGGCAGCUCAAGUCCGACAGAAAAAGAUAACUUGGACUGGCUCAAUGUUAGCUGGAAGCCACCCAGCCUCUUUCGGUGACCUUCUGGAUUCCGUUCGUAGCCUCUCAUAUCACGACAACUUCGAUUACGAUGGCUGGCGUUUGAAGUUCCGAAAAAUAGCCUGUGAUCAUGGAUACAGCAUUACCGAUGACAUAGACUGGACUGUCCCGGGGAACGCGAAAAUAAUCCCACCUACCCCGACACCCAGCUCAACGAUCCCUCCUUGCGUUGUCCGCCCGGGACAGCUUGUAUAUGUGCAAGUCCUCUCCAAGAUCACCAUUGAAGGACACAGUUGUCAAGCUGAUGCUUCUUAUUGGCAUGGCCCAGACCUCUCAGGUGACUAUUGGAUGACUAAAAGGAGGCCUGCCAUCGUCCUUCAAACAUUGUUGAAGUACAAGGAGUACCACGUGAUUAAGGUCGUCCCUAUCAAGCUGGGACCUCGAGCUCCAGGGAGCAGUGCCAUGAGACUAACCAAGAAGGGAUCUGCUACGGACGCCUGCUCUGUACCAGGUUGGCCCUUGGAUGACGCGGUUUGUUAUGUUUUCCCGCGUUCGGAAACCUUUGCUUCAGUCCCCCAGGCAACACCAGUACCCCUACAUUGGAGAAUGAAACCAAAAGACGUAAAAUCGCUUUUGGAUAAAUUUGACCACGAGCCAGACAAAAAUCUACCAGUCCCUAUGAGCGACAUAUCACCGGAAGAUUUGAGCAAAUAUAAAAAAAUGAGGUGGCGAUCCGGAUAUGAAAUAUAUGCCGAUUUCACCCCCAUGACUCCGGAGAAUAUUGUCGUGCCCCAAUCUGACAAUGUGGCUGUGGACUGGUUUGGUACAAGGGGCUGGUUCGACGAGCUUCUGAGCAUCAGCCGCAAACGGUCGGCGCUGAAUGGCGCUGGAUGGCCAGGCAGCAAUCCAGACAAGAUGAAAGAUCAGGAAAGCUAUUCGAACAGCUACUGGGGAGUGGGUUUUGCCGAAUGGGAUAGAGUCGAACAUGAGAGAGGCCGCUCACUGACUCUGCCGGCAAGCGAAACUGCGCGGCUCGAUGGGGAGAUUGUCAAUAUCACCGAUUUAUUGGAUGACGAUCGCGAAAGCUGUGACUGCGAACAAUGCCUCGAGAGCAAACGUCCAGCCUGA